AUGUCCGAGCUCAAGCGAGACUUCAAGCUGGAGGAUCAAGACGGCCAAGCCCACGGUCAGCACAACGAUUACGACGCCCCCUCAAAGAAGGCCAGAAAGGAGGGCUCCAGCAAUGGCACGGGACAUCCUGAGCCCCACCCCAGUGUCCCAGCCCAUCCAGCCCAUGGUCUUCCCCAUCCACAGCACCAACCUCACACUUCAGCCCCGUCCGCCGCAGCUGCGGCCAGCGCUACCAGGAAACCCAACUAUGAGCUCAAGUUCUCUUUGGUCGGCCACCGCAAGGCCGUCUCGAGUGUCAAGUUCUCGCCUGACGGAAAGUGGCUUGCCAGUUCUUCCUCAGACAAAACCAUUAAGAUCUGGAAUGCCUUUGACGGAAAGCACGAAAGCACGAUGGAGGGUCACUCACAGGGAAUUUCAGAUGUAGCAUGGGCUUCAGACUCGUUGUCUCUCUGCUCUGCCUCUGACGACAAGACCGUUCGCAUCUGGAGCUUGGAAACCGGAGCCACGACUAAGGUUUUGCGCGGCCACACCAAUUAUGUUUUCUGUGUCAACUACAACCCUCAGUCGAACUUGAUUGUGUCAGGAUCUUUCGACGAAACUGUCAGGAUCUGGGAUGUCAGGAAAGGAAAAUCGAUCAAGACUCUUCCUGCACAUUCCGACCCUGUGAAUGCUGUUCACUUCAACCGAGAUGGCACUAUGAUUGUCUCUUGCAGUUACGAUGGAGUUGUUCGUAUUUGGGACACGACAACUGGACAGUGCCUCAAAACUCUCAUUGACGACAACAACCCACCAGUGUCGUUUGUGAAGUUCUCGCCCAACGGAAAGUUCAUUUUGGCAUCGACUCUGGAUGACACGAUACGCCUUUGGAACUACCACACUGGAAAGUGCUUGAAGACAUACACAGGACACAAGAACGAUGCCUACUGUGUCUUUGGCAGCUUUUCUGUGACAGGAGGCAAAUGGAUUGUGAGCGGCAGCGAGGACAACUGUAUAUAUAUCUGGAACUUGCAGACCCGCGAGGUCGUCCAGAAGCUGGAAGGACACACCGAUGUCGUAUUAUGUGUGGCCUGCCACCCCACACAGAACAUCAUUGCCUCAGGAGCCAUUGACAAGGACAAGACGGUGAAGCUUUGGGUCGACACAUCCAGCUCAUGA